AUGUCCUCUCGCGCAAUUCGGAAGCUCCUGCGCGAGCAGGAGCUGCAGCAAACCGAGCAGCAUAAUGAGUCAAGCGACGAUGAUACCCCGCGCCCCACGAAGCCCAAGUUCAAUGCGUUCGAUCUCCUAAAUGCCGGUGAUGAUGACGACGAUGAUGAGCCAGAGGAGGAAUUGGAAGAAUCUGCGGUGCAAGCCCCAGAGCCCGAGCCCGAGCCAACAAAACCUAAGAGUGCAAGCAAAAAAAAGAAGAAGAAGAAGGCCAAGAAGGCCGCCGCAGAGCCAACCAAAGAGCAAGCCAAGGAUGAAUCUGAGCUAGAUGAGAUUGAUCAGGCCUUGAAAGAUUUAGCUGUCAAAGGAGGGCCAUCUGGGAUUAAUCCUUCAGCUGUUCUUGCUUCGAGCCAAGAUGCCACCUUCCCAAAAACCACCGAUGAGCUGCUGUCGAUCGAAUCCAAGUUCCUCAACCCUACAAAUGAGAUGCGCAGGCUGUUUGGAAAUGUGGCGUUGGAAAACUUCGAUUCGGAUGCAGGAGCGGGCCGCCGUCGAGAUCGCAAUCGGGAAGAAAAUGUCGAUCUAGGUCGCGCUUUGACGGGUCGAUACAGUCCAGCCAGCAGAGGUCAGAGCCUGGGUGGUGUCACCUUACGACGAAAUGUCCUCAUGCAAGGAAAGGACGAAUGGCCUCGAGCUCCAAGCGGAGGACUAGGCAUGGAGAUGGGGGAAAGGCUUCCUUCAGGUGGCAUACUCUACAAAAUCUUACACAACGCGGCAUACACGGACGUGCAACAUCAAUUCGAGCUCUGUGUUGAGUCGAUGGAUCCUCAGAGACUGAUCCACCAUCUUCAAUACAAUCCUUAUCACAUCUCCACUCUUCUCCAGGUCUCUGAGAUUGCUAAGCACCAGAGCGACCAUGCUGUGUCAGCCGAUCUUUUGGAAAGAGCACUGUUCAAUAUUGGUCGCUCUGCCCACUCAUCCUUUGGCAGCAGACUCAAGGAUGGUGAAGCCAGACUUGACUUUUUGCAUGCGGAGAACCGAGAGUUAUGGCUUGUGGGAUGGAGAUAUAUUGCGAAUCUAGGAAUGAAGGGAACAUGGCGAACAGCCUACGAAUGGGCCAAGCUACUUCUCAGCUUGAAUGAUUCCGACCCCUACUGCAUGAAGUUGAUGAUCGAUUCUCUCGCAUUACGCGGUCGAGAGUAUGCACAGUUUGUGGAGCUGUGCACUCAGACUCGCUUCCGCCGCGAUUGGGCUGACCUCCCAAAUAUUCAGUGCUCUUUAGUGAUGGCAUAUAUUCGUUUGAAAAAGCCUCAGGAAUGUCGCCAGCAGCUUCACCGCGCCAUGUCUCGCUUCCCGUGGAUCUUUAAUCGGUUGGCUCAAGAAUUGGACCUCCAACAUAUCCCCAAGCAUAUCUGGGGCAAGAUGCCUCCCACUGGAUCCCAUGAGCUUCUCACAGAACUUUACAUUGUCCGUUCUAAGGACCUUUGGAACACUCCCGAAGCAGUAUCCCUGAUUAUGGAAGUUGCCGAUACUCUGUCUGGAGAACCAGAGCCCAUUGAGCCACCUGAGAUCACCUUGGACAUUGCUCGUCAUGUAAUCUUGUCGGACACGCCCAGCGUCACCACUCAUCUCCCUAACCGUUUCGUGACCGGUCGACUCUCUGCCUCGGAUCCUUUACCUCCGUAUGAAUCAGAAGCCUACCGCCAACAGUCCGACCCUACUCCCUCUUAUAUUUCGCGAAUACCCGAGGCCGGACGGCCACAGUGGCUACGCAAUCUUCUAGACCAGGUGGGCCUUCAAGAGGGUGCCGAUGGGGAUGAAGAUCUCGCCGAAGAUAGCGCUGGUAACAAUGCAGGCGGUCGCCCGCGUGGAUUGGAAGGGGAUGGACAAGUCCUUGAGCAAUGGCUCUUGCAGGAUGGUUUAGAAUCCCUACAAAUGUUCCUGACUGAGCACGGUGUGGACCGUGGCAACUGGGGCGACGUUGUAGACUAUGCUCCGCUGACGGAUUAUUUGGAGGCUCUCUCGGAAAUCCAACCAGAGACAUCUCGACAGCGGUUGCUGCAUGGCCCAGUCCAGGAGAUCAUCGGAGACUUUGCAGUCACCAUGCUUGAGGAUGAACUUGAGAUGAUGCAGGAAGAGAUCUCCAAUCCUAGCGAUUUGGAUUGA